CCUGAAGUCUGGACCUCCUCCCCCAGGGGUUCUUCGACGCAGAGGGAUAACCUGCCGAAAGUGGGCGCAACUUUCGAGAACCUUCAGCCAUCUUUGUCCUUCAUUGCGCCAAGCCAAAGUGAAAACUCAACACUGUAAAGCAUCGCACUCGGCAAGUCUUCCAAAUCAUCACCAACCUUUCGUGGACAACUGUCGUCUGAACCUACUGCCGAAUGUUACUCUCGGACCGUGCAGCGAGCACGCCUACCCUGACCCCCUCUCCAGAGCAGUCACUUUGAUGUUGCCUUGCCGGACCCGUCGACAAUCAGUCCAUUCACCCACGGCCCGAGGAAUGAUGGACUUUGUCCUUGAACAGUCCCAUGGGAAGGGUUAAGAUCUUUGAGCUCCUUCUUUGUUGAAAUAACCUGCAGAACCUUCUUGAAGAAAUUCCUUUCUCCCGUCACACCACACAGCAGUCGGUACUCGAAACUCGAAGACUGCCGAAUCUAACCAUUACAACGAACAAUCAUCGAUCUCGACCUUCCUGCGUCUACCUCCAUCAGACUUGCAGGCAUUACAAUACAUCAUGGCUUCUACCGAAAAGAUGGAAGUCGACAAGAUCGAAGCCACCAGCGCGGCUGGCUCGAUAAACACUCCCAUCCCAAUUGGCCCCGCCAUGGAUCGACAGUUCGCAAAGUUCAACAGCUUCAAAUAUCAUCGCAAGAGCGCGAAGCCAAACAACGCAGUCUACAUCAGCCGCCGCGAGAAGAAGGAGAGCUUCCGUCACCUGCGCAGAAAUGCAAUCUCAGGACCCAGCACUGGCCCCAGACCGGGCAGCGGAACGGACUGGUACGACGUCCCAUCCUCGAUGCUCACCGCCGGGGACAAGCUCCUCAUCGCGACCAACCGUCUUCCGACCAUCGUUCACAUCGUCUUCAAAACCGGCUUCUCCUUCUCACCCCUCGACUUCAUGAGCAAGGAGGCCGCCACCGAUGUCUGCCGCUAUCUCGAGCUCGAGGGCAAGCUCACCAAUUUCCAAGGUGAAGGUGGCCGCAUCGCCGACUUCAUGCGCAUGAUUCUGAACGAGUGCGAGCGAUUCAAGUACCAGUUCACCGACAAGACCCUCUUCAGGGAGGUGCCCAAGCAGAGAGGCUUCACGCCGGGUUUCUGGGUGAACAUUGCCCACGAGGUCUCCAUCAAGCAGACCAUUGCCAAGGGAAGGCCAGCCGAAACUUGGGCCGACGAUAUCAUCAAGACGACUACCUGCCAGGAGAUACUUGGCGCCUUCGUCCGAGCUCGGAAGGCUUACUUGCGAGAGAUGGCCAAGGAGGGCGAGGGUGGUGCUGAUGGAGACGAUGCCGGCGCUGGUAGCGGUUUCAGCGUCAUGGAGGACACAUACACGAAGAAGAUGGUUGGCUUGAUCCGGGCUGUCGAUAGCUGGAUUGCUUUCAGCGAGGAGAACGUGGAGAAGCGUGAGGCUAAGGAGCUCGCGCUCGCCAUUGAUCGCUUCCAAAUGUGAGCUGUGGGCUAGCUAUGGGGAUGUUGUCAUUUUGCGCGAAAAGUCCUAUGGAGAUACUGGCGUAAGGACUUGGAGCAGAACGAUGUAAGGAGUCCAAUACGGUAUCCAUAAGUUCGCUCUUGGUGAAUUGCCUGACAUUUAGGUAAUCAGGCUCCUAAAAUCAAAAAACCAUGAUUAUUAAUUGAGAAAGAAGUGUCU